UGUACUUGCACACAAACGUAGGUACCUAGCUUGUUGUAGAUGUCCAAUGAGUUCUUUGAGUAAUUAAUACAUUAUCUGCCAAAGUCAUUCAUAUAAAGAUGAACUAGAAUUUAACAUGUUACUGUAUUUAUGAAACGAGUUUGUGCUUUUCGUUGCCUCUCUCAUGCUACAUGUGCAGCUAUCGAUCUACGUUAGAUAGCUAGCUAACUUGAUAACACGAGCACCUGCUGUGAAAGUCAGACUUGAUGACAAUUUCUGUGGAAGUACAGUUACAGUAGGGAAUUGAUUGACUAUUGUAGUUAGUUUGCUGUCUCAAUGAGGACUGUUCGAGCACUGCAGGGAUUAAGCAGAGUCAUUGUCUGCCCUUGUUCACCACCAUUAUUUGUUAGAUCAUGGAGCGUGGCACAGAGCCAACGUUUCUCAAGCAGUUCAGCAGAGAAACCAAUGCCAGGAAACUCGAUGUUCAGACACCUAACCUCCAAGAUCAAAGCCACAGGUCCUAUCUCAGUGGCAGAGUACAUGAGAGAGGUUCUUACCAACCCAGUCAUGGGAUAUUAUGUGCAGAAUGAUAUGCUUGGGCCAGAUGGAGAUUUCAUCACAUCACCAGAAAUUAGUCAAAUCUUUGGGGAGUUGCUGGGGAUCUGGUGUUUGAGUGAGUGGAUGGGAGCAGGGAAGCCCAGUCGCUUCCAGUUAGUGGAGUUUGGACCAGGAAGAGGCUCCUUAGCCAAUGACAUUCUCAGGGUGUUCAGUCAGCUGCGUGGGGCCCUGGGUGGGGCUGCAGUCUCAGUGCACCUGGUGGAGGUGAGUCCUAAGCUGAGCCAGGUCCAGGCCCAGUGUCUAACAGGAGACCAGAGCCAGGUGUCGGCCAGUGAGGAUGAGCCUGUGUACCGCCAGGGGACCACCACCACAGGCCUCCCCAUCUCCUGGUACCGCAACCUGGAUGAUGUCCCCAGAGGCUUCAGCAUCUACCUCGCUCAUGAGUUCUUUGAUGCCUUACCCAUCCACAUGUUCCAGGGAACAGAGAAGGGCUGGAGGGAGGUGAUGGUGGAUAUUGACCCAGAUGAGCCAGGCAAGCUGAGGCUUGUCAUAGUGCCAGCUCCCACUCUGGCCUCUACUCAACUCAUACAGGCAGAUGAAAAGAGACGGCACGUGGAGGUCUGCCCGGAGGGAGGGGUCAUCGUCCAGCGCCUAGCCAAUCGGAUCGCAGAGGAUGGGGGUGCUGCACUGAUUGCUGACUACGGGCACGACGGGACCAAGACGGACACGUUCAGAGGUUUUAAAGGUCAUAAGCUCCAUGAUGUCCUAGCCUCGCCCGGCUCUGCUGACCUGACUGCUGACGUGGACUACAGUUACCUGAGGAGGAUGGCUGGAGCUACGGUGGCCUGCAUGGGCCCUGUCUCUCAGAAAGACUUCCUGAAAAAUAUGGGAAUCGAUACACGCUUACAAGUGCUGCUGAGGAACUGUGCAGACCCGUCCACAAGGGCCCAGUUGAUCCAGGGCUAUGACAUGCUGACCAACCCCUUGAAGAUGGGCGAGAGGUUCCAGUUCUUCACCAUGCUCAACCACAGUCGCCUCACCAGACCCGAGCCUGAGCAGGCCAAGGGGGGUAAGAAGAUGGCCCCAGUUCCCAAGAAGGGCCCAGCGCCCCUGCCUGUGGCUGGCUUCAGUGAGCUUGGCCUUUCGUAAAGAACGAACACAGAGACUCACCAUGGGUUCCUCUGCACUGCGGAGGCUGUGUGUCAACUCACUUAAAAGUUGCACUAUACCUUGAUUAUACAUUUUAUAUUUUUGUCAUUUAGAAGACGUUCUUAUCCAGAGCAACUUAGAAUAGUGAGUUCAUACAUUUUCAAACUCUUUUUCUUACGAGUCCCCUGUGGGAAUCAAACCCACAACCCUGGCAUUGCAAGCGCCAUGCUCUACCAACUGAGCCACACAGGACUAUAUACACAAGACCCGCGGAAGCAAUAGGGUUUGGUCUGACUGGGGUGUGAGUUUGGUUUGAAAAGUAGAACUGAAGUGCUGAUAAAAUCCUAAGAAUUAUGCACCUUGCCUCACUGAGGGAAGAUGGUGGCUGCCAUCUUUCUCUAUCAUGUUCAUUAGGCCAACAUAUAAUUCCAAGUGGUAGACAAUGUCACUUUGAUCAGUCAGAACGUCACUCAAGGUCACAGUGUUUGAAGCUAUAGGAAACCAUUAAUGGCCCUUGGCCACGUGGUGCCUGGCUGUCUCCACAUCUUGAAGCAAUCUGGUGAACGUGGAGUUAGUAGAUAGCGAAUGCAUCCCAAAUGGCAUCCUAUUCCCUAUAUAGUGCACUACUUUUGAACAGAGCCCUAUGGGCCUGGGUCAAAAGUUGUGCACUACAUAGGCAAUAGGGUGUCAUUUGGGACACAGUCAGCCACUCACAGCAUGCUGUGUUUUGCUCUGACAGGCUCUCCCUCACUGCCCCAGUAGCAAUUAAAGGAUACUAUUACACAGGCCGAUUACCGUAGCCAUAAUAACCAGCCCAAAAAACUGAGCGACCCUAACAUGAAGCUAUCAUAUUAAAGACUUAAUGAGUCAUAUCAUAUUAACGACUGAAUGAUUAAAAGUCAUUACAAAACAUU